CUUUUGUAUCGCCUCGCAGUGUUUGCCAGAUCAUGAAGUUAAAACUCCCCAAUCCUGGCCUGGAGGACAGGAUAUUGUCCCAUGAGCAGCUGGACGAACUGGAGGAGAAAGAGGCUGGGGACAGACCCAAAUGGGACAACAAGACUCAAUACAUGUUAACCUGUGUCGGCUUCUGUGUGGGACUCGGAAAUGUCUGGCGCUUCCCCUACCUGUGUCAGAGUCAUGGAGGAGGUGCAUUUAUGAUACCAUUUCUGAUCCUGCUGGUUCUUGAAGGAAUACCUCUCCUGCACCUUGAGUUUGCCAUAGGACAACGUUUAAGAAGAGGCGGUUUGGGAGCAUGGGCUACAAUUCAUCCCUAUUUGACUGGCAUCGGUAUUGCAUCCAUGUGUGUAUCUCUGACGAUCAGUCUCUACUACAACACCAUCAUUGCUUGGAUCCUGUGGUAUUUCUUCAACUCAUUUCAAGAGCCUCUGCCUUGGAGUCAAUGUCCCAUGAAUGCAAAUUUAACAGGGAUUGUCUCAGAGUGUGCGAGGAGCUCCCCUGUGGAUUAUUUCUGGUACAGGGAGACCCUGAACACAUCCCCAAAGAUUGAAGACGAUGGUGGUCUGCAGUGGUGGAUACUGCUAUGUCACAUUUGUGCAUGGUCUGUGCUCUAUAUCUGCAUCAUUCGUGGAAUCGAGACCACUGGGAAGGCUGUGUAUGUGACUUCCACCCUUCCCUAUGUGGUGCUGACAAUAUUCCUGAUCAGAGGGUUGACCCUGAAGGGCUCUUUGAAUGGAAUUAAGUUUCUCUUCACGCCAGAUUUAGCAGAGCUGGCAAAGCCAUCAACAUGGCUCGAUGCGGGGGCUCAAGUUUUCUAUUCCUUCUCUCUGGCUUUUGGUGGUCUUAUUUCCUUCUCAAGCUACAACUCAGUGCAUAACAACUGUGAACAGGAUGCCGUGAUCAUCUCUAUAAUAAAUGGUGUCACCUCCGUCUAUGCUGCAACUGUCAUCUACACCAUUAUCGGCUUCAGAGCGACAGAGAGAUUUGAUAAUUGUCUUUCGGGAAACAUCCUAGCAUUACUAAAUGUGUUUGAGCUUCCUGACGGCUACAUCACUGACAGCAACUACGAUCAGAUAUUUCAGCGCUUUAAUGAAACAAACCCUGAGAUUAUUCAACAGCUACACCUUCAAACCUGCAACUUGAGAACUUUUCUCAGUGAGGGAGUUGAAGGAACUGGUUUAGCCUUCAUUGUGUUCACUGAGGCUAUCACCAAGAUGCCCCUUUCCCCGCUGUGGGCCGUCCUUUUCUUCAUCAUGCUCUUCUGUCUCGGCCUGUCUUCUAUGUUUGGUAACAUUGAGGGAGUUGUGGUGCCACUGCAAGACCUCAAGGUUUUCCCUAAGUCAUGGCCAAAAGAGGCUAUCACCGGUGUCACCUGCAUGUUCUGUUGUCUGGUGGGUCUGAUAUUUCUCCAAGGCUCAGGGAACUAUUGGCUUUCACUAUUUGACACCUAUGGAGGAUCCAUCCCUCUGCUGGUUGUUGCUUUCUGCGAGAUGUUCUCAGUGGUGUACAUAUAUGGAAUAGACAGGUUCAAUGAUGAUAUUGAGUUCAUGAUUGGUCACAAACCCAACUUCUUCUGGCAGGCAUCAUGGAGAGUCAUCAGCCCGUUAAUUAUGCUCUUCAUCUUGGUCUUCUACUUCAUCACUAAAGUUUCAGAGAAGAUCCUUUACAAGGCUUGGGAUCCAGAAUCGGAUAAUUUCCCUACACUGGAGAAAAUCUAUCCAUCCUGGAUCUACGUGAUCAUCUUUAUAUUGGCAGGGAUACCUACUAUUGCUGUGCCUUUAGUUGGUGUCUGGAAAUGUAUAAUGACAAAGAAGCGCGAUAAGUUACGUCUUGAUAAUAUCACUGAACAAAUUCAAAUAAACGAUGAGAUGAAAAAAAAUCCAGCUUAACAUUCUAGUAAAAAUCUACAAUUGUCUCUUUCUCAAGAACAAAUAAUCGACUGUGGUCAUGGUUAUCGAUGCAAUUUUUAAAAAAAUGCAAAAGCUUUUCGGUACAGAACUCCCUGUUUCUUCAGCUACCUGUGACAUCAAGUAAAGCUCUAAUUUCUUAGCUGUGAAUCAGGUAACUAAAGGACUCAAAUAAACACUUACAUAACACUUUGUCACCACAGAAGCUUAUUGGCUUAUAGAGUUUAUUUGUCAAAUAUUGAUCUGACUUUCGGCAUGGGCUUACUUUCAGAACACCUUUUACAUGAAGAGAUUGUCAUUCUAAAGCCACCGUAAACUUUGGUCGCAAACAUUAUCAUUGAGCGGUGUUAAACCAAACCUGAAUACUACCAUCUUCAUAAAAGCAAAGUUUUUCAUGGCUUUUAUAAUGGGGAGCAUCAUAUCGCACAGUCCAUUUGUUUGUGAUAUUGUGGCUAUUAUCAUGUUUGCUUUUAGAAAGAUGGAAUGCACCUUUAGGGAGAAUAUGUGAGGUAAAAUGAUGGGACCCUCGCAUCAUUAACUUUGCCUGAAGCUCUAUUUCAUAGAGAAACUGUAUUUCUGGUAUUCAAUAGGACCAGGUGGGCCCUGCUUCCUAUAACUUUGUGAGAGGCUCUAAAAUUAAUUGCUUAACGCAUUUAUAUUUUGUAAGAAAUUGACCAAGGGAAAAUCUAAUGAAGUAAGUUCUUCGUUUAAGCCCUUAAAAGACUUCCAACCCAGGUCCCCGACGUGAGUUCUGACUUUGGUGGGGUUAACUUUGAUUAAAAACAGCUACCGUCUAUGAUGUGAUUAACUAUUUGAUUAAGAAUGGGAGGAGGUAUUAUCCCAAAAGGAAUCUUUGAGCCAUGCAAUGAAAUCUGUCCAGCUGGGGUCACCAUUGUGUUGUGUUUGAGAUGUGAAGUAAAUAAUAAUUAAAUCAGCUGCUUCUUGUUAUUUAAAUGCUUUGUCAUGUGUUAAAUACAUGCUUUGAGUUUACUUUCACAUUACAUUUGAUUAUAAUGGAUGUGACUGAUUGUAGUCUGUAUGAAUAUGAAAUACAACAUCAUUCAGUACAAGACAUUUGAAUACUGCUUUUGGUGAUUACCAUUUGAUAAGAAACUGCAUCCACACUACAUACUUUUUAACUUGUGUCAGUGAUAAUGUGGUAAUAACCAUUGACUGAAGCAAUGGAACAUUUGUAAAACUGUAAAAUAAUAAAUGUAAUGUAAAAUGUAGCAUGUUAUGAAUUAAAAGGAAUAUUCACUU